UGUCCGCCAGGUGGCGGGAUUACAUGUUAUGAUUGUUAACUUAUCAUUUGCUUGAGAUUGUGGAGCGGGAAGAUUUGGUAUUUCGGGAGCUAGUAAACAUUUAUUACAUGAUGAGAUCUAAUGAAGAUCAUGGAGAGAGUGUUGAUAUUGACGUAUCUGAAGUCUCGGCUGUAGAGCAGCUGCUGGGGUUCCUCGCCGAUAUCAACAAACAGAGGAGCGAAGCUGAGACGGUGUGCCAGCAUUAUCGUACCAUCUUUAAACAAAGGAGGAGGCAGUAUAUACAGAGGCUGUUAGACAAUAAUAAGCAAGAUCCAUCGCCAAAAAGUGAGGAUGUCGACUUAAAACCGGAUUCACCGGACGAGAACCCACUGGAGCUCGUCGAAUCCGCACUCAGGAAGUCGAGAGAGACGCGAGAGAGACUGCAGCGACGCCGCAAUGUCACUCAGCCUCUGUUCACUGCCACGGACCCAGCCACUCAUCCAGCCACUCAUCCAGCCACUCGUCCAGCCACUCACCCAGCCACUCGUCCAGCCACUCACGCGAGUCUGCUAUCUGAUGCUCUCCGAGAUAACGACCCUGGUCAGCUCGACGCAAUCCUGGAGGAAACUAACCGAGAGGGGGCGCCACCAUUGGCUGCAUCCCGUGUAGCCGCCACCUACACAGAUGAAGGAGGGCCGAUACCUGGCGAGGUGAUGCCGGCGGAAAUCGGCGAGAAAAGCGAGAAUAAAUUGCAGUUUCUUGUGGCAGAGGGUGCUGCAGGUAGCGGCGUCAUAUCGCAGUCGAGAUUGCAAGACUUGCUUGCCUCCGUGCAUCUCGCGUCGAAGCCGAAGCCUAAACUCACGGGAGCGCCACCUAGGAGGGACGACGGAUCGUUGAAGGCUUUAUCACGGCCGACAGCGACGCAGCGUCGACCCGCCACGCAGCCACAGACCACGCGCGCGGCGGCCUCAUCGCGACCCCAUCGCCCCGGCAACCCAUCCGGCGUUCCGGCGAACCCGGCGCGCGUGUCAGUGGCAGCCGUCCGCCCGCGUCCAUCGCCGAGGCAGCCGUCGUCGCUCUCCGUUGCAGGCGGUCGUGAGAGACACACAGUUAAAGCCAGCUGGCGUCCAGCGGGGGACGAGGCGUCGAGGCGGGACCCGGCGUCGGCAGCGUGCGCGGCGCGACAGCGCGGGGGAAGAGCCGAGCCGCCGCCGCCGCCACGUGAUCCAGGAACGCGCGAGAAACAGUCGCGUCGACAACCACAGGGGGGCGGCGGCGGUGACGCGCGGAAAGAAGCGAAGUGCGCCAGCGGAUCAGACGAACAAACGAGGAAAGACGUCAGUGUUGUGCAGGUGCCAGACGAGCAGGCCAUGGAAGAACUGAGGAGGGUCUGCAGGAAACACGAGCGAUUGAAGAGAAGCCUACGACGAGAGGUGGAGGAGGGUUGCACGGACAGAGAGGCGUUCCUUAGCCAGCUGGAGUCGCUAAUGCAGCCCGAUAAACCAGCACAAGCGGAACACGCCAGCAGAGGGAGUGACUGUAGUUGUCCGCGGCAGAUAGCUUACAGGGACCCUUCAGAGUUGCAGCAGCUGAUGGACUUGGUGUGUGAGACGCAGAUGCUCAGCCUGCAGGUGGCGCUGUUAGAUAGCGUAAAGGAGCUGGCGCCUAUGACGCAGCACGAGGAAGGGGGCCUGGAAUGGUACCGCAUUUUAAGUGGAAUGGUAGAGGGCACCACCACCUUUCCGACGUUAAUAAAGGACAAAGUACUGGAGCUGGGCUGAUUUGUCCGUUCUCAUCAAUUCUACGUCCUUGAAUCCCAGCAUCAGUUGGAGGAACGAGUGUUAAAACUAAUCAUCAGGUGGUGCAACGUGAUGUAUACAUGUAUUGCAGCUGUCUAAAGGUCUGUAAGACACGUUAGCUGAUUCUUCUGUUUUAUCUAAACAAGGAGCUAGGCAGUAACACAAUUACUAUGAUUAAUAAUACUUGAUUUGACACAGCACUCAUAAUUUCCAAAUUUAUUUAUUUUUUAAACAUUAAGUAUUGAUGAUUUAAUACAUAUAUAUGUACAUACGUGAUAUUUUCUAUAUUCUUACAAAUAUACAGAUAUCGGUUUUUAUGUUUCACACAA